AUGGAAGGAUCUCGUCGCGUAAACCCGAAACCCCUUGAUAAACCUGUGAACGGUCUAGAUGCUGUCUUAGCGCUGCUGGAUCUCGCGAUCCCUCUCACGCCGGAGUCGAUCGUACGGUUGAACGCAGCCCGGCUCCUGCCCCUGCUAAUUGCCGCCGUCGAUCUUUGGGGGCCUACAAACGCAACCGGACCUACUAGCGCGGAUAAGGUGGUAGGAGAAGAAUCGAUGGAGGAGGAGGACGAAGCUGGCAAAACGACAAAAAGCCCGGGCGGCAGUGUGGGCGGCACAGGGCAGGCGUGGGCGGAGGAUCGGCGGAGGGUGGUUGCGGCGGCGGUGGAUUGUCUGGGAUAUGUGAUUGCAGCGAGGGUAGCGGGUUGCGGCGACCCCAAGAACGCCUGGACGGCCGACGUGGCGGCGGGCUUUAAGGCGGUGUUGGAUCACUCUGUAGCGAGGUUUGAGGGUUCGGGUUUCGUAUGGGCCUUGCCUCUUUUCCUACUCCCCCUAAUCCUCCCCCCUCCUCUCCCCUCCCCCCUCCUCCCCUGUCCUCCCCUACAAUCUCCUGUCCUUUCCUUCUCGCCCCUGCCUUUGCCCUGCACCCCCUGUUCUCCUCUCCCAUCUCCUGUUCUUCCCUGCUCGCCCCUGCCCAUGCCCCUGGCCUGCACCCCCUGCCCUUCCGCCCCCCUUUCCCUUCCGCCCCCCCUUCCCUUCCGCCACCCCUGCCCUUCCGCCACCUCUCCCCCUUCCCGCCCCCGUGCAGCACUCGUCGAUUUCGCCGACGCCCUGAUCGUCCGUGCGCUCGCUCCUUCCAAGCAGCUCGAACAGCCACGUCAGCAGCCACGUCAGCAACAGCAAUCGUUACAAGAGGCAGCUGCGACAUCAGCGGCAGCAGUGCUCCGUUUCAUCUCCUGCCUCCGCCCGCUUCUCCCGCUCCUCUCCCCGCCCUCCCUGCCACGUGUCACCCUCCGAUUGGUCGAGCUUCUCGAGAUCCGCCACCCUCUCCUGGCCUGCCGCGUGCUGGACGCCCUCCACUCGCUGAUGUCAGCUCCAACCCCGGCCACGUCAGCGUCCACGUCAGCUGCCACGUCACCCGUCUCUAAAUCCCUCAUUUCAGAGGUGGUAGCGCGAUUGCUGAAGCAGGAGGGGGAGAGGCAGGCAUUGGGGGGAGGGGCGGGCGGAGGGUGGGGGGCGGGGGGCGGGGGAAGCGCAGGGGGAAGGGGGAAAACGGAUGUAGCAGCGGUGCGCGCACUGCUGGAGUGUGUGCGGGCGGCGUUGAUUCGUCUGCAUGCGAUGGACGCUGACGCGUGCGUCAGCCUGCUGCCGUCCACGUUCUUCACUCUCAUUGACAACCUAGCGAGCGGGCACGAGGAAGUAGCAUUUGCAACGGCGGAAUGCCUCAAGGCGCUCAUCCCCACCUGCCUCGACGACACUGCUGUUGCUGCCUCUGCUGCUAUCGUGCAGCAGCGGCACGCACAGGAAGGCGCAGGGGCGGAAGCAGGGGGAGCAGGGGGAGCAGGAGGAGGUGGGGGGAAGGGGAGAGCGCCGGUGGAGCGAGUGUGUGUGGCAGUGGAGCGGGCGCUGGGGUACCAGUUCCGUGCGUCGUGGGACCUGUCGUUGCUUCUUGUGUCUACCCUCUUUGACCGCAUUGGUCCUUCCUCCCACCUGUUCCUCGCGCCAACCCUCACCACGCUGGCUGAUUUACACGACUUACCAGACACAGACAUGGCUCACCACAAGCAUCUGCAUGCUGCUCUCGGCGCUGCUGUUGCCGCCAUGGGCCCCCACCGCUUCCUCUCUAUCCUCCCCCUCGGCCUCGACCCCGAACCUGCUCCCGCACCUGCUGCCGGACCUAGUGCUGCAGCAGCAGCAGGAGCAGGAGGGGCGGCUGCAGCAUCAGCCAAUCCCGCGGCGCCACGUGUCUGGCUGCUGCCAAUCCUGCGCCGCCACACUGCGGGCGAGUCGCUCUCCUUCGUCCUCACCGCCCUCCUCCCCCUCUCCCACCGCCUCCUCCUCGCCGCCCAGCAAGCCCGCUCGCCCCAGGUCGACCGGCCAAUCGCGGCCAAGCAGCUAGCGGCGCUGCGGGCGGCGGUGUGGUCGCUGCUGCCAGCUGUCGCCAGCCUGGCGCCCGACACUGCUCAGGUGUUUCCACACUUAGCUAAGCACCUGGCGGACGCAGUGGCAGCAGGAGGGAAGGGCGACGAGGGCGAUGGAAUCCGGUCGGCUGUCUGUGUCACCCUGCAGCUCAUGGUGGAUCAGAACCGCAUGGCCAUGGGUCGCCCGCCCCUCUCCAAGCGCCUCACUGCCUUUGACGGUCUGUCAGGCGCCCCCACCACUGCACUGGCUGCUCUAAUCACGGACACUACAUCUGAUGCUGCUGCUGCUGCUGCUGCCGGUGCUUCUGCUGCCACUGAUAAGACAGCAGCAGCGGAAGCAGAAGCAGCGUUUCGGGCGGCACUAGAGGACGACGACGACACCACCGACGCCGAGCGCCGCGCGUGGCGCCAGCUCACCGCUGACGUGGCAGCCGCUAACCUGGCGGCCAUGUCAGCCUCAGCCCGUCCCUUCCUUCCGAUGCUGUUUGACGCGUUCGUGGCGGCCCCAUCAGCCAAGAGGGGCGAGCUUCAGAGCGCGAUCGGGGCGCUCGCUGCUGUGGCUGACCCGGCGGCCCUUCGACUGUUCUUCACCAAUAUCAUGAGCAAGUUGCUCUCUGCCACAAAUGCUGCUGCCUCUGGUGAUGGGACCGGAGGGGCAGCAGGAGCAGCGGAUUCGAGCAAGGAAGCUGGAGAAAAGAGGGCCAUGCUCAUGGAUCUCUCGCUCUCCCUGCUGCCCGGCUUGGACCUCGAGUGCUGCCGUGCGCUCUACAACGCAACGAGGCCCGCCAUCCAGGACAAGUCUGCUGCCGUGCAGAAGAAGGCUUACAAGCUGCUCGCAUCGCUGCUUGAGACCCACCCAGAGCUCCUGAGCCAGCAAUCCGAGGGCGUGGCAGGGGGAGCACCAGGCGGAGCAGCAAGGGGAGGCGUACUAGCAAAGGCAGUGUUGCAGGAGUUGCUGAUGGGUGUGUCCGGGGUGCACUCGCCGUCUCGCCACUACCGCAUCAACAGCCUCUCAGCUGUGCUUCUGCAUCUGGCUCGCUCGGAUGUCCCGGCGUUCCACGAGGCAGUGGGUGCCACGCUCACUGAGAUUGUGCUGUCCGUGAAAGAGGUGAAUCGCAAGGCACGCGACGCGGCUUAUCAGCUGCUGAUAGCGCUGGCCAAGGAGAUGCAGCGACUGGCAGAUGAGCAGCACGAGCAGCGCUUCCUGGCGGCCGGUGGGGUCAUGUACGGCGGCUUCAGUGGCGAUCAAUCCAUGGAUGGCGGUGCUGCUGAUGAUGAUGCGGACUCGCCCUUCCUCAACUUCUUCACCAUGGUGAUGGCAGGGUUAGUCAGCAGCACCCCGCAUGGCCAGAGUGCAGCAGUCAUGGCCCUAGCUCGCCGCAUCUGCUGCACCCCAUCGCACAUCCUGCUUAUUCUCCCCCAUUGCCCUUCCCUCUGCACUUUCCCUGUCCUUUCUCUUUCCCCCUUCCGCUGCUGGUGCUACCAGGUGAUGGCAGGGCUAGCCAGCAGCACCCCGCACGGGCAGAGCGCAGCAAUAAUGUCCCUCGCUCGCCUCAUCUUCCACUUCUCCUCCUCGCUCCUCCACCUCGUGCCCUCGCUCCUCCCGUCCCUCCUCCUCCUCUUCCGCUCGCCGCACCGGGACGUGCUGAAGGCGUGUCUGGGCCUGGUGAAGGUGCUAUCUGUGCGGCUAGAGACGGGGGAUCUGGAGAUUCACCUGCCGGCCAUCAUGACUGCUUUGCUGUCGACCAAUGAGAUCGUCGCAACCAGGUUCAAGGCCAAGGUGCGGAAGAUAGUGCAGCGGCUGGCGAGGCGGUGCGGCCAUGCGACGGUGGCAGCAGUGGUGCCAGAGGAGCAUCAGCGCCUUCUCACUCACAUCCGCAAGGAGGUGGCUCGAGCGGCCAAGGCCAAGGAGAAGAAGCGUGGUGGAGCGGGGGCCAAGGGAUCACAGGCAGGGGACGGGGAGGAGGGGGGUGACGGGCGGUCGACCAUGUCUGGCAGAAGCAGGGCGAGUGGCAAGAGAGCGAAGGCAGAUGAGUGCUGUCGUUCCCCUCAUCUGCCUUGUCUUUGUCCGCACUCCCUGCUCGCUCUCCCCUCUUCCCCCUCCCGCGCGCCUCUGUCGCCACACCACCCACACAACGAGCAACUCGCCCCUCUUGCGCCCACCUUUCAAGGCGCGCGCGUUAAUGAUUGCACUCGGCAACUUUCAAGAUUCAUGAUGGGAGUAGCAGCGAACUU